AUGUGAGUCAUUGCUCUGUUGAUGCCGGACCAGCGCUUCUUCCUUCAGUCUGCCGUCUGCCUGUGAAUUCAGUCUGUUCUCUGUGAUUGGAUCUCACACCGGUGCCGUGAAUGCAGCACGAGGAGGAGGAGGGACAUUAUUAACAGACACAAGAGAGGCAAAGAAACACAACACACAGAGAGAUGUCUGGGACCGCGAACACAUCUGCGACCCUGCAGCCCGCAAAGAUGAAAAAGGACGAAUCUUUCCUCGGGAAAUUAGGAGGAACCUUGGUGCGGAAGAAAAAGUCUAAAGAAGUGAGUGAUCUUCAGGAGGAGGGGAAGAAUGCCAUCAACGCUCCCAUGCUUCCCACAGGGACAGACAUCCACCCAGAGGACACACUGCUGGAGGAAAAUGCUGAGAGGAUCAUGUUAGACCCGACUUCACGGGAAAAUCUUAAAUUUAAAGAUCUUCUGAAGGUCCUGAUUGACUGGAUCAACAGUGAGUUGGAGGAAGACAGGAUCAUAGUCAAAGACCUGGAGGAGGACUGUUACGAUGGACAAGUGCUCCAGAAGUUAUUUGAGAAGCUGUCAGGCAGGAAGCUGAACGUGGCCGAGGUGACUCAGUCAGAGAUCGGCCAAAAGCAAAAGCUUCAGACGGUUUUGGAGGCCGUCAACGAACUGCUGAGGCCUCACGGCUGGACCAUUGAGUGGAGUGUGGACUCUAUUCAUUCAAAGAACCUGGUGGCCAUCGUCUACCUGCUGGUGGCUCUCGCGAUGCACUUCCAGGCCCCCAUCAGGCUGCCUGAGCAUGUUUCUGUGCAGGUGGUGGUCGUCAAGAAACGAGAGGGAAUCCUGCAGACUGCUCUUGUGACCAAGGAGCUGACGAGCACCACAGAAAUGAUGAUGGGACGGUUCGAGAGGGACGCGUUUGACACUUUAUUGGAUCACGCACCUGACAAGCUCAACGUGGUGAAAACGUCUCUCAUCACCUUCGUGAACAAACACCUGAACAAGCUGAACCUGGAAGUUACUGAGCUUGAAUCUCAGUUUGCUGAUGGUGUGUACCUGAUACUGUUGAUGGGGCUGCUAGAAGACUACUUUGUUCCUCUGUACAACUUCUUUCUCACCCCUGAGAGCUUUGAGCAGAAGGUCCAUAAUGUGGCGUUUGCCUUUGAGCUGAUGCAGGACGGAGGCCUGAAGAAACCGAAAGCCAGACCAGAAGAUGUUGUCAAUCUGAACCUCAAGUCCACCCUCAGAGUCCUCUACAACCUCUUCACCAACUACAAAAACUCUGAGUGAACUUUUCCAGUUUUACCCCCUGAUAUUACUGUUGAACACUGCCCCUGUGCCUGCGCUGAUAUUAUGCAUUACACACUGGACACUGGAGAAGACCAACUGGGACUGAAAGACAUCAUUAUGAGGGAUUUAAAAAGACCCAUGGGGAGAGGCCUGAAAAAAGGCUCUGAAUGUUAGUAUUUAAUCUUCCCCAAAUGUCAGUAUUUAUUUAUUCCUUUCUUGAAUGUUAAAUGUAACCCAGGAAACCCUGUGACCUUUAGCCUGCAUUUGAAUACACAGCCGUCACAGAAAAAUGAAUGAGGGCAGAAUGUUAAAACUGGAAAGCAUUUGUGUGUUUAACUCCCCACUGCAGAAUAUUUAAGAAAGUUUGAAAUGCUGUUAUAUAUUAUAGUAUCUAAAACUGAUUUGUGUAAAUAUUAAAAGAAUAGUUUUAGGAAGUACACAUAUUCGCUUUCUUGCCAAGAAUUCGAUGAGAAGAUUGAUACCACAGUCAUGGUUAUGUAUGCUAAAUAUUAAGCUAUAACGUUGGAACCAGCAGCCAAUUAGCUUAGCUUAGCAUUAAGACUUCAAAUGGGGAAAGUGCUAGUUUGGCUAAUAGACUGGGUGACAUCACGCAUUGGUUUGUGGACUCCUGUUUUGAAGCCAUUAACUUGACAUUUUGGCCGUCGCCAUCUGGAUUUCUUUGAAGCCACAAGUGACUAUGUUUACUUUAAACUGUAAUAAAAUGUAAAUGGACGAGUUAUAUAAAAAUUAACCCGCUGUACAGUUGUAAUGAAGAGAGAAAUUAGCUAUAGAGACCAAAACUUUUUUUUUUUUUUGUACCAGGCUGUAAACAUGUUUCUCCUGUUAAGUUAGGCAUUUUAAUAUGGGUGUCUAUGGAGACUGACUGCCUGCCUAAAGAGGUGAUUAAAAAAGCUGUGGCUUUCGGCGCUUUUAUGUUGCCUUCAUUUUUCAGCCCGAGGUAGCCGCUUGGUCUGGCCCUGAAGAUAACAAAAUCGGCCUACCAACACCUGCAAGGCUCAAACAUAACAUUAUGCUUUAGUCCAUUUAAGAGAAAAGUACAUAAACAAACAAAUUGCUUAUCAGAUAGAAAGAUUGUGGUACAUAUUUUAUGCCCCCAAAAUGCCAUUUUUAUGCAAUUGAAUCUACUGCUUAGAAAAUGUAGAUCACAGUAUGGUGCACAUUUUGCCUUUGGAUUAUAGACUAAUCACAUAGUGACAGAAGGAACCAACAAAAUGUGUUAUUUUAGCUUUCUUGGUCAUUUUAACGAUAUUGUGUAGAAAAGAAAACUUAUUUAGAUUAUUGGCUGCCCCUGUAGAAAGUGAAGCUUAAUGAACACAAAGUUUUCUAGAGUCAAAAGCUGAUGCUCUGUUAUGCUAGUACCGUUAGCAAGAGUUUAGCUUGUUAUGGGGAAAACAAAUGGUAAACAGCAUUUCUUUUACUUACAAAUAACAGUGAAGGAAAAAACAAUGACGUUAGCCUAAAUGUAGUUUUAGUUUUAGCUAAAGCUAGCCAUGGCUAUAUCACCAGCUAGCUUUGAAAUGAUGUAACGUUAGCUCUCUUUCUUCUUUAGCUGGCUAUCUUGUGACAUUUGCUCCCUUCAAAUGGUGUUGUGUUUACCGGGUUAACGUUGUGUUGACAUGAACACCGCCCCUCUCGUGGUAUUUACGCAGUCCAUCUAGAGUCAAAAGCUGAGAUGGCAGUUAAUGCUACUCUGUUAUGCUAGUACCGUUAGCAAGAGUUCAGCUUGCUCCAUCAUGACUGGACUGGAUUUCGGUCAUUAAGUAAUGUGGAAAACAAACAGUAAAUAGCUUUUCCUUCACUUACAAAUAACAACGAAGGAAAAAACAAUAAGUAACAUCAUAGCUAAGGUGAGCCCUGGCUAUAUUACCAGCUAGCUUUGAAGUGAUUUACAUUAGCUCUCUUUCUUCUUUGUUUAGUUGGUUGUCUUAUGAACAUUUUCUUCCUUUCAAAUGAAAUUGUGUGUACUUUGUUCACGUUCAAGUGUCCAUUGCGGUAUUCACAUGGUCUGUCUAGAGUCAAAAGAUGAGAUAGCAGUUAAUGCUACUCUGCUAUGCUAGUACCUUUAGCUUUGAAAUGAAAUAACGUUAGCCCUCUUUCCUCUCUGUUUAGUUGGCUAUCUUGUGACAUUUUCUCCCUGUAAAUGGGGUAGUGUUUACUGUGUUCUAAGUGAAUGCUUCCCUCUUAGGAUAGUCACAACUUUGUAAAUGGAAAUUUUCUGAAAGCUCCGAGUUCACAAGAUGUGUUUGCCCGUGGUUCAGAUAUAGUCAAUUAUGACUCUUUCUCUUAUGAAUUUUUGAUCCAUGGAGGGUUUAUAUUUGUAAAAUUUUCUUCAAGCUGAGAAAAGUGAUUAAAAAAUCUGUGAUGUCAACACACUUUAAAGUCUGUGAGCCAACAGCAGCAUCCAUGUUGCCAUUACCUAGCAGCAGUGCUCUCACGACUUUAACACCAAGCAUAUCGUGCAGGCUACACGGCUUCCCAUGUUGUAUCCGCAAGCUCACAAGUUCAGUUUGAAGGCAGCUAUUUUCAUUUUUAGCUCUGUUUGGGAGUUACUGCAAAAAGAUUUUUCACAGAAAUUAUACAUUUCUAUUUUCCUGUAGAGCAGAAAAGGUGUCGAAAAAGUCAGAUUCUGGUCUUAACACAAGACCAAAUACUUGUAGUUGCAUUUAGUCUUUAUAGAGCAGGGCUGUUUCUCCCUGCUUCUAUCUUUAUGCUAAGCUAAGCUAACCAACAGCUAGCUGUAGCUUCAUAUUUAAUGGAUUCAUAGUACAUGGCAUCAAUCUUCUGACAUAACUCUUGACAAGAAAGUAAAUAAGCAUAUUUCCCCAAGCUAUUCCUUUAAGAAACUUGAAAAAGCUGUUUAUUAUAUAUUAUAUAUGAGAUAUGAAAAUGCUUUGUAUAUUAUUCUCACUACAACUGCUUUAUCUCGACAGCUGAAGGAACUUCUCUGUGCCUCGUUUACUCUGAACUAUGCACACCACAUUUCAAGCCAUAUAAGCUGAUGCCUUAAGUACAGUGUGCUCUGUCCGUCCCGGAAGAGGCCCAGUCAGAGUAUCUUCGGCCUUUCAGACGAGUCUCAGCGGAGACCGUGGACCUCACACUGUUCUCCUGUAGCGAAGUACGGCCCUGCAGUGCCACCUGAAGAUCUGCUAAGAUGCACAGUUCAGACUACUCAUGCAUUUCAGAGCCGGGGCUGAAUUAUUGAGAGUGGAUGAGUCAAUCUAAACCGCACUCGCGCUGGAUGUCUCACCCCUGUGUGUUUUUUUUAUUUAUUUUCAUCUUGCCUAACAAGAAAUAAACGCCUGGAAUCAAAAAGGAA